UGCAGAGUCUUGUCCCCGAAAUGUUUUCGAAUUCGAAGACGACACACAACUCGGCGGCAACGGCAUUCUUAGAGUGGCAAAUCCCCUUGACUGCAUGUACUGCAGCCAGUGCACGAAGAAGGCGAAAGAGUUGAAUUUGAAGGGCGUGGUGGAAGUGUCUCCUGACGAAAGGACUUUCCUCUUCACUGUCGAGUCUACUGGGGUAAUGCCAGCCGAGAAGAUUGUUCAAAUGGCUUUCGACAUUUUGAGGAACAAACUGGGGGACUUGGAGACACAUGCUGCUGCUGCUGCAGCAAGGGCCACGGGGCAGCAGCAGCAGCAGCAGCAACACGCACCACACGGCGACUUCCGCUAG